AACAAACUAUGAUGAGUUCAAAUUAGCCAAAGGAAGGCCAUGACCCCUUAUCUUUCCUUAAACUAUUUUUAAUUUCCAAACAUUUAAUGUGGCUGAAUAUUUAACACUAAGCAAGAUGGCGCUUUGUGUAGUAGUAUUCAUGCUAUUCUGCUUGUUUCAGGUUGUUCCGGCACCUGGGAAUUCUAGAUCGUGUCUAUCAUGUAACCCUGUCUUACAUCCAAAUAGAUGCACACAUUAUCACCAUUGUCAAGGGUAUUGCUUUGUAGAGGUGCAUCAGCUUAAUGGUGUGAAUUGGUUCAGAUUUGGAUGCGGAGAUGAAAAAGAGUGUUCUGGUCAUCCUCACAAUCAUUUUAAUGAAUAUGGUCCUAUCGUAUGCAAGCAGUGUUGUGCAUAUACCGGCUGCGAGAAGUCAUUAUGUCCCUAUUAUAGGGGACCAGCAACUACAACAGUGGCUCCUGCAUCAACAACAGCAUCAACUUUAUCUAUGAUAACAUCACAUGCAUCAAAUCCUUCAGCAACAACUAAUACGAUGGUAAAUACAACUACAAUAUGUGCGGACCAUGAUGACCCAACAUUUACAUGUGCAGAUAUGACCUAUUUUGGAUAUUGUAAUCCUAAUGCUGGUGCUGGCUACGCUCUUGCACAGAAACGAUGUCAAAAAACAUGUGGAUUUUGUACAUAAUUGUCAAGAUAAAAUUAAAUGCAAUGGGAAAAACACAGACAGAAAGUUUUGUCCUUUCUAUUAUCAAUAAAAUACGGAAAAUAUCA